AUGUCGAGUAUAUUAGAAAGAUUGGCAGCAUUUAAGAACAAACAUUCGAUUCAGAGCAUCUCAAAGAAUGUAUCGUACUCACUCUUGAAUACUGUAAGACAUCUUUCGUCAAAGGAAAAGAUUAUUAUUGCUUCUGUAUCGACUGCAUGGUUGGGCUUUGUUUACAACCCAGGAAGCACUUCUACAAUCACUGAUGAAACAAUGGAUGAGUUUCUAGAGAUAGCAGAGUACAUGAUGGAACUUUCCAAAUCAGGUGCAGAGGGAAUAGCUAUGUUGUUCGAUAUGGAUCAUCCAUUGUUGGAACAUAUCGCUGCUUGGUUAGAGCACAGCAAGCAUGCAAUGAUCAAAUUAGAACCUCAUUUGGGACGUGUCAUGAUUGUUCUUGCUCGUUUCCUACACAGCUUGCUCUAUGUGGUGAUUGAAUCUGAAGAAGGAGAGAGCCCUCUUCCAACGCUGGCAGAACGUUACCAAGGUUUUCUUGGUCACCCUCUAAUUCAAAAUCUUAUCAAAAUUUGGAGAAUCAUGUUAGCUAAAUCACCUAAAAAGAAAAUUAUAUUCUUUAAUUUCCUCAGCGUGCUCGAUGAACAAAUAGAGACUGAGAAUGUUAGAUUCAUAUUGUUGGCGCUCUUGGCAAAAACAUCACCUGAUAUUCCAUUGGAGACCUUUCCAACUGAAAAUAUUCUUUCCUUUUACCAUCAGUUGAAACCCCUCUAUGCCGGAGGCUGGACAUACGACUCGAUCGAUCAAACACUCAACCGUCUUGCCAACAUUUUAGCGUCAAGAUACAGCGAUGGUGAUAUCGAAGAGCCACUCUCACAAAUAGAAACAUAUGGUGGAUACCGUUACCGAAGAUACAUUCCCAAUUGGAUGCUUGAAUUCAAAGAAACAAUGCUCCUCACGGCGUUGGGAUCGUCCCUUGCCGUUGGCACUAAAGUGGUGCCUGCCCCAUUACAACUUGCCUCGUUGGCCUUCUUGUUGGAUAUGGAUUACCUGGGUGAUAAGAGUGUAUAUGUGGUUAACCUCUUAACGGGAAUAACCACCUAUAUUCUGGGAAGAAACAACUACAAGGCACUAGGAGUUGCUCUCUCUACCACUUUUCUCCCAAUCGUUCUCAGACAACUUUUCAUCAAGAAUAUAGAACAAAUUCGCCAAAGUGAAAUUUACAAACAAAAGGUCAUCGUCGACUUGCGUCAUUAUAUCACCAUUCUACACACGCUUCAGAAAACAGCCAAAGCAAACCAAUCAAGUAUUCAAGAAGAAGAGGAGGAGGAGGAACAAAAUAUUAAAGCACCACAAGAUGUAAAGGAGAUAGACACAACCUCAAUUGCCGGUGUCAACCAAGAAUGA